AUGACUGGAGCCAACAUGAAAACUCAUCAACAAACAGUCCACGAUGCAGAUGCCGAAGUGGAGGAUGUCGACAUUUCCACCUCCACACGUGUUCCACAAGUUUGGAAGCAUCGCGGACCAACCAGUACGACACCAACACCUCUGCAGACUACAACGGAAGAAGUCGAAUAUGAGAUUGUAGAGGUCGAAGUAGACGAGAAUGGCAACGAAAUCGAGACUGAUGCGACUGACAACUCAGAAGAAGAGCCCGCUCACGAGAAGCCAGGGCAGAAGAUACAUAACAGUCAACCUGGUGCUGAAGUGCAGGUGGAUGGACGAUUGGGAAAACGAAAGAAUCAAGAAUUACUUGAUCGAGAGGAAAGGAGAAAGUUGGUCGAAGCACAGAAGCGGGCUCUGAACCUUCCCCCUGACACUGAGGUUGAAUAUCUCGACAGUGAUUCUACAAAACGACCCGAAGAAUACGAGGAGACGGAAGAAUAA